ACUCAUAGAAUUUGGAGUUUGGGUCUCUGAUAUGGCUUUAUGUAUAAGAUCCAGCAAUGUUUUGUGUAAUAGUCUCCUGCUUCAACUUAUGAGAGCAACUAGCAUACAGUCUUGUUUAGUUAGACAACACUGUUUGUUUACUGCUGAUGCAAAUAGGACAGAAAGUAUACAUCUUAAGAGAAAGAUCCAGCUGACAAGGAACACAUUGCCUUCAUUGACAUGGAGUAUAGUUAGAGCUUAUUCAAAGAAAGGGAAAGACAAAGGUGGUAAGGGACACAAAAAGAUUGACCUGGCUCCAGAACAACUGGAAGGCUUAGUCAACAUGGAGAAGGUGAAUGAGGAAUUCAACCAUGUGUUGGAAGAUCUGCAUGAGAAGUUUAUUCACCAAGUGACUUUGAGAACAUCUAUAGGUGCUUUUGAUAAUCUUGUUGUGAAGACACCAGAGGGUAAUUUUCCUUUGAUACAACUGGGCCAGGUGUUACAGAAAUCUCCUCAGUUAUUGACUAUAGACUUGGCAACUAGCCCUCAGUAUAUCACCAAUGUGAAAGAAGCUCUCAUGGGAUCAGGAAUGAAUAUUAACCCUCAGCAAGAUGGAACUAGUCUUUUUGUACCUAUUCCCAAAGUAACUCGUGAACACAGAGAGAAUCUGUCUAAGAAUGCUAAAGCUCUGAGUGAGAAGUCUAAAAAACAAUUGAGAGAUAUUUUCUCCAAGUAUUCUAAGAAAAUCAAGUCAUCCAAAGAAGGACAUUCAGCAGAUGAUUUACAAGCUGCUGAAGAUAAGGUACAAGAAAUGAUGCACCAAGUGUUACAUAAAGUGGAGGAGAUAACUGCUGCUAAACAACAAGAGCUUCUUGGAGGAAAAUAGAUUAGCAAUUUUCAUCACAUGAAUAGUUUCAGUUGUUUAGGACUCUCAUCACAUAGUACCAUGUUGACCCAAUAAUCAUCUAUACAAUACCUGCUUUUUUUUUAAUCACAGUGUUAAGAAUAAUUUUUUUUUCCAUUGUGUUUUGCCAGUAAUUUGGGCAUUAGUAUGAUAGGAGUGUAAGAGAUUUGCAGGUCUUCGGUGAAUAGCUUUAGUGGAAUAAGCUUGAAAGUUGUACAAGCUGACAUAUUAGAGAAUAAGUGAUCUGUGAACUUUAGAGAAUAUGUUAUUUUAUAGAUAUUAGCAUCAGAGAGUUGGACAAAAACUUAGAACAUGAAGGAAAUACUAUUUCUAGUAUGUAGUUAAAGUUUUGCAAAUAAAAUAUGUGUAUCAGAGACUUGGACAAAAAUUUUGUUGGAGUCAGUGAUCCUGGUACAAUUUCAGGUAUAAAUACUUUAAGCAUUGCAGUAGUCUACACAUUACUUUUUACUUAUGAGCAUUUUUCUCUGUAACAUUGAUUUAGCUCUAAACAUUUAUUGGAAUAACCUUUAAAAUUAUUAUGAAAUAUUAUGUUCAUACUGUAAAAUUUCUUCAUUUCUAGCAAAUAUUUUAUAAAGUAAUUGUAAAGAAUAAAUUGUAAUUAAAAUUUGUUUAUGUCCAUGAGAUUGUGCUCACACUUGCCUUCAAAGUAGGAACCAGGGCUGGCCUUAGGCAAACUAGGCAGCCAUCUAGGGCCUCCGAUUGAUGGGGGCCUCGCACAGGACUCGAAAUAUUUUUUUUUAAGAGACAAAAUAGUGAAACUUCAUUAGUGCAGUAGUACACUAGGUUUUAAAUGAAAUUAAUUAUAUUUUUUUUCCCUGUUUAUUUUUCUAUUUCAUUUGGGGCCAUCAAAUUCAAUUCACCUAUCUAAGGCCGGCCCUGUUGGAACCUCAGACCACUUGUUGAUUUGACAUAGGUUUGUAGCAUAGAAUAUCAGGGCGUCCAUUCAAUCCUAUAAUGUUUGACGAAAUGAAGUGAUAGAUGUUCACCAUGUUCAUGAAGCUGAAAUGUUACAAGAUGUUUAUGGAAUAAAGUUUCUUGUUCUCUAUCCUGUCAUGAGAUUUACUGUUUAAGGAUUGUUAGUUGCGUUUUGACAAUAAAUAAAUACAUUUUAUUUUUUAAAA